AUGCUUCCUGAUCAUAUAGUAAGCUGGAUUAGAAGAUAUACAUUUAUUAGUAUACAUUACUUGCAUAGUGGUCUAAUAAAUAAUGGGACUUGUCAAUCAUUAACAGGACCAUAUUGCCAAAGAAUUCAAUCUCGUAGAUAUUUAUAUAAAGAUCAGACAUUAAAUAAAUUGGAUGUAUUGAUUACUUCAGAUUCAAAAGCUAAUAUAAUGGGAAAUGAUAAUAAUACUGCACUAAUUUUUAUAGAAAAUGUAAAUAUUAAUGGGACUUCAGUACCACAAUUAGUGAUUAUAAAUAAUUCCGAUGAAAUUUCGACUAAGAGCGAAAGUAAUCUUGAUUUUUAUCAAAAAUAUCAGAAAUAUGAAUAUAAUAAAAAUAAAAAAUAUGGUAAUAAAAUAAUAAAUAAUCUUUCAAUUUGGAAGAAAUUUAAUUUUUAUAUUUCUAAUAAUGUUAUUUGUGUAAAAAGUACUAUUAAUCACUUCAUAGAAAAGCUUGUCAACCUUGCAAAAUUGAAAAUUGUAUCUUCAUAUGGUAAAAAAUUUGUAAAUAAUAAAAUAAAAAAUUCAAAAGAUAAAUCAAAGAUUAAUUUUAGCAAAAGUGAGAAAAAAGUUUACAAACAUUUACUUGAUAUAAAUUCUGUUCUUGUACUUCCAAAAUCAUACAAUGAGAAAUUUUCAACUCAAAGUAGGUAUCCACAUUAUAAGGAAUUCUAUAUACAUUCAGAUAAUCCAAAAAACAUUGUUAAAUCUAAUUUAUUAUUUGGAGAAAUAUUUGAAACCUUAAUAAGUAAUUAUAAUAUUAAAGAUACACUUAUAAUGGCAUUAGUUUGGCUUCUAAGACAAGGUCCUAUUUAUUCUCAACUAUUUAAUAAUUUUAGGCAAGAACAAUUAAAAAAAUAUUAUAUAUUGCCUAAUGAAGAUGUUACUUUAAUAUAUAAUAUAUCUGAUAUAGUAUCUCCAUAUACUGGUAUUAGACUUAACAAAUCUCUUCUUCCUAUUACAUCAAAGGAUAAUCUAAGAGUAAUAAGACAAGGAUGGAAUGGUAUUUCAAAUGUGUUCCAUUUUUCAUUUAUAAGACCUGAUAUUAAUAUAUUACCAAGAAAUUAUUCAUGCAAAAGUAUUAAAUAUGAACAAGAUCAUUUUAAUCAUUUAUAUGAAAACUCAAUAAAGGCUGAAUGGGAAGGACUUUGGGUUAUAGAAGGAAUAAGAAUAAAUAGACAAGAUUUAUGUGUAAGAGAAAAAGAUCAUGAAAAAAUUUAUAAUUAUUGUUUAGAUCGUUUUACAUCUAGUCCUAAUCAUCUAAAAUUAAAUUUAGGAUAUGAAACAAUUGUUAGAUUAAUAUCAGAAAAAGGAGGUUUUAAAAUGAAUAAACUAUUUAUUAUUGAAUAUUUACCAAUAAGCAUAAAUAAUCCAAAAAUUUUAAAUGAUUAUAUUGAAAACAGUGUACAGUUUCUUAAUCAAUGGAUUCGGGUUAGUGGAAGAAGAGAAGAUAAAAUUCAGUGGUCUGCUGAGAUACCCCUUUCACAUUUACUUGAAUAUGUAGGACCACAGAAUAUUAAAAAAAAUAUAGAUAUAUCAGAGUACAAUUCAAAAAACUUAUAUAAUAAUUUUGAAGUAAUGUGGGUUAAUGUAUUAGAUUACAUUAAACCAAUGUACUAUUCAAUGAUAGAUUCUAUUGAAUUUGAAGUUCAUAUAUCUAGAAGUUUACAUACAGAAGGAGUUUUACUAGCACCAUUUAUAUAUCAUACUUUAAAUGAGUUAUAUAGUUAUCAAAUUACUGAUAUUAAUAUAAAUAAAAUAAAUCAAAAUCAGAAUAUUAAUCAUAAUAAAUAUUUAGAAAUUGAUUCUGAUACUUAUUGGGGACUUGUUAUUGAUCUUAAUAUAGAUAGACGUACUGAAAUGAAUUAUGAAAUGACAAAAUUUAUUGAUAUGACAAUAACUAAAUUUUCUAAAGCAUUCCCAAUAUUAUCUAUUUAUGAGGCUGAAAAGUAUGAUUGGAUUAUUAAACAAAAAUUAGAUUCAACUACACAAGGAAUAGUAAGAAAAAGCUUGGAAAAUGGAUAUUUAUCCCAAGAUAACUACUCAUCAAAUUUAUUACUCCAAUCAAUAUAUUAUUUGUUUGAAUUAUUUAAUGGUACUAUUUCUAAUGAAAAACAAAAUUUAUUUCCUUUACAAAAGAGAAAAGUAUAUUAA